UUCUGAUUAAGAGGUCGUCAUGCCCGAAGCCUCCAUCAUGGUUAUAACCGCCCUUUUUCCCGCCACAGCACGUCACUAGGCCAUAUAAAAUACGUCCCUCGCUUCUUUCAUUGCCCUUUCAGUCUUGCUGAAGCACCUCUUUGAUCUCCUUCAACAGUCCAAGACUCGGAAACUAAUUCUCCAUAGAUUUAAAUGAAGACGAUGGGUGAGAUUCUCCAUGCCCGCGACGACUUCGACAUGCAACUGAUAGGGAAAUUCUUGAGCUUCGCUUCGAGAGGCGACCGAGUUGGACUGAACCAGAUGUUGAUCCAAGGCAUAUCUCCUGAUGUGCAAGACUACGAUAAUAGGACGGCGCUGCAUCUGGCGGCGAGUGAGGGUCACACUCCCAUUGUUGAGCUUCUCGUGUGCUACAAGGCCAACGUUAAUCUCCAAGACCGAUGGAAAAGAACUCCCCUGACAGAUGCAAGACUCUAUGGACAUCGAGAUAUAUGCAGGAUUCUUGAAGUGAAUGGAGCCAAUGACUUUACCAGUGAUCAGUUGAUGACCGUUCGACACGAACAAGAUUCAAAUGAUGUGAAGUUUGACAUGACGGAAUUAGAUACAGAUAGUUCAUCAGCAAUACAACAGGGUUCAUUUGGUGAAUCUGAAAAGGUCAAGUGGCGUGGAAUCUGGGUCGUAAAGACCGUUGUCAAAAAAGACAUAUGUGCUCCUGUUAGGAUACUCUCUGCUAAGGAUAAUACUCUCUUACGGGAGCUUAGACAUCCCAAUAUAUUGCAGUUUCUUGGUUCAAUUGUGCAGCAGGAGGAGAUGGUUCUAAUUACCGAGUAUCUACCAAAAGGCAAUCUCGAGGAUAUUUUGACGCAAAGAACACGUCUUGAUGUGCCUACGGCUCUACGCUAUGCACUUGAUAUUGCUAGGGGAAUGAACUAUCUUCACAAGCACGUGCCAUCCCCAAUAGUUCACAGCCAUUUGAGUACCAGAAACUUGUUUCAGGAUGAAGGUGGGCACUUGAAGAUUGGGGAGUAUUGGGUUCAAAUGUUGCAUGAACAAAUUAACCCAGAUCAAAAUGGAAGGCAAAACAGUGAUGGGACACAGGAUUUAACGAAGAUAGAUAUUUGGAGGUUCGGAUUCAUAUAUUAUCAGAUGCUAGAAGGAAUGCACUUCCAGACCAACACAAACUCUGAUCAACCCGAACACGUUGAUUUUAAACCGAAAUUCCAUUUAAGUCGAUGUUCUAAUAGAAUUCAAGAGUAA